GUGACUCAGGCGCGCUGCCACUCCCGUGUUUACCCCGACACACCUGCCGGCAGGUGUGUUUGUGGUGCCCUCCGUCCGACCUGUCGCUUCUGGCGCCUUCGAGGUGGCACUGACUCGGGCGGUGCGCCUGUCCUUCCCCUCGGCUUCUUGUCACCUCCGCUCGGCUCUUUCAUUCUGUGCACGUCUGUGCGGCGCCCCCCGGCAAGGUGAAGGGCGCAGGUGCACCCGAGCGGAGCGGAUCGGGUGGGGCGGCGGCUGCAGGGCGCAGUUGGGCUUCGGCACGCACGGUUACAUGCAGAGCUGCGCUACGGCGAGAUGGCGGAAGACAAGACGUUCCGCUACGGGCUCAUCGUGCUCGGUAUCUUCCUGGUGAUGGUGGGGAUGUUCCUGAUGAGCGUGGACAAGCCGCAGGUGUACGCCACCUUCUGCGCCGUGGGCUCCUUGGCGGUGCUGAUGGGCUUGGCGUGGAGUAUGUGCCAGUGCUACCCCAAGGUCACCUUUGUGCCCAUCGCAGACCAAGAGACCGAACUGCUUCUCCUGUACAAGGAGGACCUGCUGACCAGCGGCGCCCACAAGCACAGACCGGAAAACGGCAAGUCCUGCGAGCCGAACCUGCGAGACUGCGACCUCAUUGAAGUGACCGUGAGCCACCCGAAGGAGUCCCAGGAGGUACAGUCGACGCCCCCCUCGGUGCCACUGCAGACCGGACUCCCAGAGGGUACCGGGCCAGUCGAGGCGACGGCUGACAUCCACGAUGACUCGGGUCCGGUGGAGGAAGAGGAGGAAGAGAAGAAGAAGGAGGAAAAGGAGGACAAGCCUCUAGGCUGCCCGGGUGCCCCGCUGGCAUCGCUCCAGGCGACUGCAGACUCCAGCCUGGACUGUGAGGACAUCGCCAUGAUCGACUCAGACCCCUGUGUGGGCACAUGCAGCUGUCACGCCGAGAGCAUCAGCUUCCUGAAGGGCAGCUUUGUGUGCGACGACCUCUACUACGGGCAGGUGGAUGAAGCCCUGCAGGACGGCUGCGAGCUCGAGCAGGAGCAUGGCUGA